AUGUAUUUGUUGACCAGUUUUAGAUUGACCAAACAAUAUGUUAGGAAUCUAAUCAGUAUAAAUAACAAUGAAAUGUUUUCAUCAAUACCUCCAAUGACUAAAAGAUAUAUAUCAACGUCGAAAGGGAAACAACAAAAUAAAAUUAAUGAAAACUGUAAUGAAGCUACAGAACAAUCUACUUCAAAUGCAACAAUGACAAAUAACGUAUCAAACAAUAGCCAAAUAGUUGCAAAUAAUCACAGACCAAAUAAUAUAAUACCCAAUGAGAAAAAAAAAUACAAACUAGUACCGAAAGUGCCAACCACAGAGUAUAUAUCAAUAUCAGAUAUUGAAACAGAAGGUUUAUUUGCAGGGUAUAGACCCUUAUUCCUUGGGAAAUCUACGUUACAAGGAUCUGAAUAUAUUUCGAAGUAUGAUACAAAUUCUAUGCUAACUUCUUUAUCAAAUUCCAAACUUGUAGAUAUUAUAACAACUUCAUUAGAUAACCCUGAAAAGACUGCCAAAUUAGAAGAACUUUUAGCAGAGAUAAAAAAUGGUGAAUAUGAUGAAUCAGCUAUAAAGGGGCCCAAAUCUUCUGAAAGAAAAACACCAAUAGUUCCAUGGGAUGCCUCAAUUGGAGGUAUGGUAUAUCCAGAUGAUCCAUUUAGAAAUGUCCCAAAGAAAAUCGUAUCACAAUUAAAACCCUUUGAACCCUUAGCAAAAGAAAACUCCAAACAGGAGAAUAAUGAUGUAUCAAAUUCUAUGAUAGUAAUGAAAGUCCAUAAUCCAAGGAUAAAUGAUGAUUUAGAGAUGGUCAACUUGUUUGAUAAGGACUCAACUGACAAAAAAUCAUUCUACAAGAAGUAUAAUAAUAAUAGGACAAACUUAAAUGCAUUUAAAUUAGACUUCAAAAAAAUUGCCAAACAGAGGAAGGCCUUUAAUACUGAAAAUAAAAAAAUUGCUUAUGACCAUAAAUUUAUUAAUGAUGAUCAACACAUAUUGAGGUCAGAGAUUAAAACUUUAUUAAAUUAUUUAUCUGACGUCUUCUACGAACAAAGUGGUUUAACCGUCUAUGCUGAUACAAAGACUUGUGUUCUACCUCUUCAUGCAUAUAUUGAACUAACGAAGUCAUCUGGUAGAGCGAACAGACGGUUCUUUAGGAAGACCAUAAUUGAUCAAAUUUUCCCGAUUUAUAAUACUAUCUUGGCAACUUAUGAAUCACCCACAGAUAUUGAAAAGUUUAAGAGAUUAACACUGACAAAAAUUAAUCAAAGUGUUAAAAAUUUAUCGCAAAGCAUACCUUCUGUCUGUUUCACAGAUUCAAGCAAAUCAGUCGAUUGCCUAAUCAGAUCCAGUCCCGUACCUGGUUUUAAAAGAAUGUAUUGGUUAAAACCAACUAAGAGACAUUACACUUUUUGGGGCCACAACUCAAGCAAAGAAUACUCGCUUAGGUUAAAACAAAAUGAAUCUAUAACCCGAAACGGUGUUAGAUACAUGAGAUAUCCGAACUACAUCAAUUGGCGAAAUGUUAGCGAUGCCUUCGAUAAUUGGGAUUAUUUUACUAGAUUAUGA